AGAAAAAUCUGCCAGCACGCGUCAACGACGGGAACAAAACAAAAAAAAGACAAGAAAAACAGCCGAAGCAAAAGUGACUAUCGAAAAUUUUCACCUCAAACUCACGGGAGUUGUUGCGCGAAAACGGCAGUACGGUGUCUGAAAUUCGACUGAUUCCUGCACCGAAAAACUCUUGCCGGCAAACGAUGGACUACGAAUCGGGCGAGACCUGUCUUACGUGUCCGCGGAAACCGUUGAAUUUCUACAGGAUAGGAUCCAAAAGUGGAGGUGGCGUUACGCCCCAUCAAAAUGUGGCAGCCGUCCUUGGGCGACAUUUUUGGUUUCGGGAACACGACCUCCAGGACGAUAUUAUUUGUAAGGUUUGCUGGGAAAAGGUAAGUGAAUUUCAUCAGUUCUAUCUAGAGGUGGAAAAGCUGCACCAGCACCGGGAUCCAGUUCCAUUACCGGUAUUUGUGAAGGAAGAACGGAGCGUUGUCUCGGAGGAAGUGAUCGACUCGGAAUCGCUCCUGCUCAGUAUCGAACACCUAGAAACUAAAAUUAAAGAAGAGGAUGAACUGGUUGUCGAAGCGGUCGAGUACAUCGAUCAAACGGAAAGCGAACGGGAUGAUGAUUAUGAGAUCGAACAGGAAUCGGAUGGAGAAAAAGCUGAAGAGCCCGUAAAACCGGUAAAAACGAAAACAGAAGAAUUAGUAGAACCUCGGCCGAAGAGAAAGUACACUCGGAGACGAAAUUCGGCGUCAAAGGCACUUAUCGUUAAAGGAGAAACUUCGUCGACUCCAGCAAAAUCCGGUGAAGAGCGUGAAGCGGAGGACGAAUUUAUCAAGCAACACGCUCGCUAUGUGUGCGAAGAAUGCAAUGUGGAGUUUGAACAGUUUCACGUGUUUCAAAGACAUUGCAUGCAAACGCACCAAAAAGAAGGGUAUAUUACAUGUUGCGGGAUUCGACAUCGUAAGCGGUCGGUUUUGUACCAACACGUUCAGCACGUGCUAAACCCAGAAGCAUUCAAGUGUGACAUCUGUGGCAAGACCUACAAAAACCGAUUCGGCUACAACCGACAUAAGAAGGAGAGCCACGCGACGGAGGAGGAACGUGCCUUCAAAUGCCACCGAUGUCCGAAAUCGUUCAUCAGAGAAAGGGCUCUGGAAAAGCACUUAUCCGAUCAUGAAACCCUGGACAGUGGGUCGGCUAAAUGUGAUACCUGUGGCAAGUGUUUCAGCAACCUGAACAUUUUGAAGAACCACAUCAAAUACCGACAUGUUAAGCAAAUGGAGUACAUUUGCGACGUUUGUUCCAAAGGUUUUUAUAUGCGAUCAACUUUCCUGACGCAUCGGAAAACGCACGAGUUACCGGCCGAAGAGCUACGCAAGCAGUGUCCGAUUUGUUCCAAGUGGUGCAAAAAUCACGACUACUGGAAGGUGCACGUGCGCCGUCACAAAGACGAAGGAGAGCUGAGUUGUGAUGUGUGCGGACACAUCUCGCCCAAUAUGAUGGCACUGAAGGCUCACAAGGGUCGUAUGCAUUCGGGGCCUCGAAUUUUCCCGUGCACUUUCUGUGGAAAGGAGUACGCCAGGAAAAUCACCCUUAAGGAACAUGUCGCGGCUGCUCAUACCGGCGAUGUUUUGUAUCGAUGCCCACACUGUGACCGAUCGUUCCAUUCCAGUGCCAAUAUGCAUUCGCAUCGGAAGAAAAUGCACCCGAAGGAAUGGCUUGAACAGCGGAUGGCAAGGUACGGGAAAAACGGUAGCAACAGUGGUCAAUGUGCUACUGUUGCUCCGGAGGUUACUGCGAGUAUCAGCAGUGCAAAAUAAAAUUUAUUUUAGAGCGUGA